AUGAAAAUCUCCUGCUGGCAACUCUUUCCCUUACUGGCGCUCCCUGUUAUGGCUGAGUCGUAUCCCGUGUGCCCAGAUGGAGAACAUCAAGCUUCGACAGGCGCCGGUUUCUUCGCCUUUCGCUGGGCAUUUGGCGUUUUCGCAGCCGAGAUGCUGGAGGGAGGCAUGUCUCCCACAGGAAAGGCAUUCGACAAGGCUUAUGAAGUCGAAGUUGGACAAAGCUUGAUCGAUUGUAGUAAGAAAUGUCGGGAUAAACCGGAAUGCAUUGGCGUCAGUUACAUAGGCGAUACAGAUACUCGGCCUUUCGAAGAAGGCGGUCAGGGCGGUAACAGGUGUGUCUUUCAACUCAGAGGCGACCUGGAUUAUGUCAGAUCCGAGGCCUCGACUGCCCAGUUUCCCUUUCAAGGCGUCGCCUUCAAGGGUCACUGUGGAGACGAGAAAUCGCUCAAGCUGAUGGAUGCGAGUCUGGAGCUGAAACCUGGCAGAUUCGGGAAUCCUUCCCUUGAAUGCUGUAAUAUCUUUUGGCCACCGAGAUAG